GGGAGCGGCGGGGCGGCGGCGCGGCGCAGCGCAGGGCGGGCGCGGCGGGUGGCGGGGCUGGGCUGGCCGAGCACUGCGCGCCGGCGGCUGACGGGGCAGAGCGCACGACGCCGCCUACGCGCGAGCUGCAACCUCCUACCGUCGUCGCCGCCAGCACAGGAGGGGGGCCAAGACGUCUCUCCAACGGGGGGCUAGCGCAGGACCGCGUCAGGCGUCCAAAAGAAGGAAGAUGCCUCGCGGCGACAGAGAAAGUGACUGGAGGGAAAAGGAGCAGUUCCGCAAACUGUUCAUUGGCGGCUUAAGCUUUGAAACAACGGAGGAAAGCUUGAGGAGUUACUACGAGCAAUGGGGAAAGCUUACAGACUGCGUGGUAAUGAGGGAUCCUGCAAGCAAAAGAUCAAGAGGGUUUGGUUUUGUAACAUUCUCCUCCAUGGCUGAAGUUGAUGCAGCCAUGGCUGCAAGACCUCACACAAUUGAUGGAAGGGUGGUUGAGCCUAAGAGAGCUGUGGCUAGAGAGGAAUCUGGAAAACCUGGUGCUCAUGUUACUGUGAAAAAACUGUUCGUUGGUGGUAUUAAAGAGGACACUGAAGAGCACCACCUUCGUGACUACUUCGAGGAAUACGGAAAAAUUGACACUAUUGAAAUCAUUACUGACAGACAGUCUGGUAAAAAGAGAGGGUUUGGAUUUGUUACAUUUGAUGACCAUGAUCCAGUUGAUAAAAUUGUGUUGCAGAAGUAUCACACCAUCAAUGGCCAUAACGCAGAAGUAAGGAAAGCUCUCUCUAGACAGGAAAUGCAAGAAGUUCAAAAUUCUAGGAGUGGGAGAGGAGGGAACUUCGGUUUUAGUGAUGCACGUGGAGGUGGUGGCAACUUUGGUCCAGGGCCUGGCAGCAAUUUCAGAGGGGGAGCCGGUAAGACAGAUGGAUAUGGAAGUGGCCGUGGAUUUGGUGAUGGGUAUAAUGGAUAUGGUGGAGGACCUGGAGGUGGCAACUUUGGUGGCAGUCCUGGUUAUGGAGGAGGAAGAGGAGGAUAUGGUGGAGGAGGACCUGGAUAUGGCAACCAGGGUGGGGGCUAUGGAGGUGGUUAUGACAACUAUGGAGGAGGCAAUUAUGGAAGUGGAAACUAUAAUGAUUUUGGAAACUACAACCAACAACCUGCAAACUAUGGUCCAAUGAAAAGUGGAAGUUUUGGUGGAAGCAGGAACAUGGGGGGACCAUAUGGUGGAGGAAACUAUGGUCCCGGGGGCAGUGGAGGAAGUGGUGGAUAUGGAGGGAGGAGCCGUUACUGAGUUUCUGCAAGCAUGCCAUGGGCUUCACUGUAUAAAUAGGAGAGGAUGAGAGCCCAGAGGUAACAGAACAGCUUCAGGUUAUCGAAAUAACAUUGUUAAGGAAACACUUAUCUCAGUCAUGCAUAAAUAUGCAGUGAUAUGGCAGAAGACACCAGAGCAGAUGCAGAGAGCCAUUUUGUGAAUGGAUUUGGAUUAUUUAAUAACAUUACCUUACUGUGGAGGAAGGAUUGUAAAAAUGCCUUUGAGACAGUUUCUUAGCUUUUUAAUUGUUGUUUCUUUCUAGUGGUCUUUGUAAGUGUAGAAGCAUUCCUUUGAUAAUGUUAAAUUUGUAAGUUUCAGGUGACAUGUGAAACCUUUUUUAAGAUUUUUCUCAAAGUUUUGAAAAGCUAUUAGCCAGGAUCAUGGUGUAAUAAGACAUAACGUUUUCCUUUUAAAAUUUAAGUGCGUGUGUAGAGUUAAGAAGCUGUUGUACAUUUAUGAUUUAAUAAAAUAAUUCUAAAGGAAAUAUUGUGUAAUUUUAGAUUUUUUUUUUAAUAUUGUAAAAUAAGGCAAGGAGUGGGUAGUAUAAGGUCCCACAAAUAAUAUAAAGCUAUUGUUGUACAUGUAAAAUUAAAUGUUGGUCAGAAAAAAAAGUAUGUUGUCUGUAAAUGAUCAGGUUUAAAGUAUCUAGAUAACUUAAGGGAUAUCUCUGCAAGGAGAAACACCUUUUUAGAUCUUUUAGAUGCUGCUUCUUCCAUGGCAAGGAAAGGAAAUAUCCCCAGCGAGGUACUCUUCCAGGGACACAGGUCUAGUACAAGAGAACUCUUGAAAACGUCACUAAGUUCAGCCAGUCUUAAAAAGCUGUGCUGUAUUUCUACAAAGCUUUAACUGCAGUAGUUUAUAAGGAUGCCAACGAAGGCUGAGGGUGUAGAGCAAAAUAGUUCUAAGCUUCAGUUAAACUUCUUUAGGUAAGAUCUUAUUUACUUUUCUUUUCUUAAUGUUCCAAAACUGAGAAACUAAUAUUGUAUUACAGUAUAUUCUGUCAGUAUAGUGAUUAUUGUUAUGUAGUUUAACAUAGCAAUGAAUUGAGUUAACAAUUACCAAUUGAAAAGAAAUUUGUGAAUCCUGUUUUCUUGUAUUAAAUUUUUUACAAACAAAUUUUUGUUAAUUUCAGCUACUUAACAUAUUUUUUUCCUACUGGAAUCUAGCUAUGAUAUGAACCCUGGACAAGCAUAGACUGCUGCCACUGUACACUGCUACAGUUGAACAAAUGAGACCUGCAAGUGUCCAUUAGUAAAGCUUUGCAAGGGUUCCAUCCCUGGUGUUGAUAGUUAAAAUGGUAGGUCACAAGUUAAUUAAAUCAUACAACUUUAUUUUUGCAUCCUGCAACGUUUUAUUUUUUCUUGGGAGUCUAUGCAUUAUGGUGCUUGCCAGGUAAUGCGGUGAUGGUAGUUCUGCUGUUGAAAAUGAACUGUGUUGUUAUGUCUCUUUGUCUACUGAAAUCUAUUUUGUAUAACACGUUUCAUCCUGAAGGUUCCCAAGUAGCUGUAGACUGUUUACGUGUAAGGAAAAAAAUUGCACCACAGAAUACAUCUGCCUCUAUGAAGGAAUGUGUCGUCCAUUCUUUUAACAACUGCAUAAGCAGUUCUUUAGGAGGGGAAGUGAAAACUUCAAAUGAAACUGCAGGUGGUAUUUCAUAAGUGUAUAAUUGUGUAAAUUGGGAAUUGGCUAGAAUGUUGAGGUUUCCACCAUUUUUUAUAGUUCUUGCAGCUAAUAAACCUUAGUGCCAAAUUCAGUCAGCCUUAAUCUCACUGCAUUGAGUGUCUGCACCUCAAAUUAAUGAAAAUUCAUCAAUAACAAGUUACUCGGAGUAAGGGUGGCAUACUCGACUAUGUUUGGGUUUUACAUAAAAAUCAAUAAAACCCACUCCAAAAGGCAAUCGAAAAGAUGCCCUUUUUUCCAAGUUCCAUUGCCUUUAAAAGGCUUUCUACUGAAGAACAUGGACUCAGGUAAUAAAAAAAGUCCUGUUCCUUUGUGUUAGACACACCAGUGAACUGCUUAUACUUUGAAAAAGCAAACAAAAAAAAAAAAGGCUGAAGUUUCCCUACUGGUAAUUUGGUUUAGACAUAUGUGAUAAACAUCUUCAGAUACACUUUUUUUUUCUUUGGCAGGAAGGUGCCAUGCUGCAGGUAACUAAUGAAGAAGUGGUCAACCACAGAAACGCUUCAAGAAAUAAGAAAUUCUGUACCAUCAGAAAAUAGUUGUUUUUGCUGCCUUCAUUAAAAAAUCUAGAGGUUAAAUGAGUACUGAUAAAAGAUCACAAUUAGUACAGCUCCCUGUGAUGCUGCUUUUUUUAAAUUAUAGUCAUAAUGUCUUGUAAACCUUUCAAAUAAAAUUCAGAUUUGGUAGGAGAAACAAAUCACUAAUGUUAAAACAGCAAACGUUCUGUGAGUAGAAAGUUUAACUACAUAUUUUUAUAACUUUCAUAGCUUUAAAAUAAAGUAUUUUUAUACCAAAA